GAGAGAGAGAGAGAGAGAGUGAAGAAACAAUGGAAGGUGCAGAAGAAAGGAAGAGAAUGAAGAUACUCUGCCUCCAUGGCUUCCGAACCAGUGGAGGCUUCUUGCAGAAGCAAAUCAGCAAAUGGGAUCCAUGUAUCUUCUCUCACUUUGAUCUGGUGUUCCCAGACGGUAUAUUUCCGGCCGGUGGUAAAUCAGAUAUUGAAGGCAUCUUCCCACCACCUUAUUUUGAGUGGUUCCAAUUCAACAAGGAAUUUACAGAGUACACAAACUUGGAUGAGUGCAUUUCCUACCUUUGUGAAUAUAUUACCACCAAAGGUCCCUUUGAUGGGUUGCUAGGCUUCUCUCAGGGAGCAACACUCUCAGCCCUACUGUUAGGCUAUCAAGCUCAGGGUAAAGUGUUGAAGGAACAUCCACCCAUGAAACUAUUUGUUUCAAUCUCAGGAAGCAAGUUCAGAGAUCCAAGCAUAUGUGAUGUUGCCUAUAAAGAAACCAUCAGGGUCAAAUCAGUUCACUUCAUUGGAGCCAAGGACUGGUUAAAAUUGCCUUCUGAAGAUCUUGCAAAAUCCUUUGAGAACCCAUUGAUUAUAAACCAUCCUCAAGGUCACACUGUUCCAAGAUUAGAUGAGGAGGCAAUCAAGAAGCUAAAAGAUUGGACUGGUGAGAUCCUCCAAAGUAGUGAUAUUUCAGACAAGAGAUUCGAAUUGCAGAAUGGAGAAGCCAAUGUCUUGGAGCAGGCACAGCAAGAAGUUUUUGAAAAUGGAAAGAUUGUGCAUGAGUCAAUUGAGCUAAAAAUCGAGAAUAAGGAAGCUGUGGACACAGAAAAGACCAAGUUAGAGAAAUCUGUUGAGAACAUGAAACCUGAGAAGGAUUCAGUUGAGCCAGAAACUGGUAAGGUUGGACUUGUUUCCCCUGGAAUGGAAUAGGCCUUACGUUUCAACCAGCAAUUGAUGUGAUUUGCUCUUAUGUUGCUGAGUGAUGUAUCGGAGUGCAUGGGGUCUUCAACAUAUAUGAAGAAAUAAUAUUCACCCGAAGAA